UUUCCUUCAGUUCGUGGUCUGUACCGAAUAUUAGCGGAGCUCACCGAUGAUUUCCGAGUAGGAAAAGUGAAGUCAGCUGACUGAACUCGUGAAUUUCGAAGUAAAAAUGUCGGGAAAAGACAGGCUGCCAGUAUUUCCUUCCAGAGGAGCCCAGACAUUAAUGAAGGCCAGGCUGAAAGGGGCCCAGAAAGGUCAUAGCCUGCUCAAGAGGAAGGCAGAUGCCUUGCAAAUGAGAUUCCGACUGAUACUUGGAAAAAUCAUUGAGACAAAGACACUCAUGGGAGAAGUCAUGAAGGAGGCCGCUUUCUCGUUGGCCGAAGCAAAGUUUGCAACUGGUGAUUUUAAUCAGGUUGUCUUACAGAAUGUCACAAAAGCCCAGAUAAAGAUUCGUACAAAGAGAGAUAAUGUGGCAGGUGUCACUCUGCCAGUUUUUGAGAGCUACCAAGAUGGUACAGAUACUUACGAACUGGCUGGUUUGGCCCGUGGUGGGCAACAGUUGGCAAAACUGAAGAAAAAUUACCAGAGCGCUGUUAAAUUGUUGGUUGAAUUGGCUUCACUGCAGACAUCUUUUGUUACUCUGGAUGAAGUUAUAAAGAUAACGAAUAGGAGGGUGAAUGCAAUUGAGCACGUCAUCAUUCCACGUAUCGAGAAGACGCUGGCGUACAUCAUUUCUGAAUUGGAUGAACUGGAAAGAGAAGAAUUCUACAGGCUCAAGAAGAUCCAGGACAAGAAGCGGAUUGCUCGUCAGAAGGCCGAACUGAAAGCGGAGAAAAUGAAACUCCUAGCGCUUGAGAACAGCGUAGACGUGGAUGCACCGAGCAUGUUAGACGAGGGAGACGAGGACCUUCUCUUCUAGACGUAACUGAGAGGACGCGUGUGGACACAUAAUUAACGCUGAUAAAAAUCUGUAAGGAAAGGUUGUCUAUUAGGUUACGGGCAAAGAGGUGACCUAAAUUCUCUGAGAGCAAACUCUCCAAGGAAGUUCUUGCAGUAUUUGGUAUUUGUGGUCGCUGUAGCGCGUAACAUUGUCUGUCACUCAUGCAUGUGGUUUAUUUCUUAUAGAUUAAUUUGGACGUCACAAACGGGCCGUUACAGUGUCAUAUCCAUUCAUUUUCUGUUCAGUUAAUUCCAUAACCUAAAAGUAAUUAUGUCUGAACAGCGUCUUGCAUUGAUCGUUUGUCUCCAACACACUUUUGUGAAUGCAAACUUUACGUUUGUGUCGCACAUCAGUUGACAUCUAAUAUGUUUUCUGCCGUAGUUUCCAUUGAAAUGUGCGCCCCCAACCCGUGGUUUUUCAGAAAUAGUACUCGCUUUUCACGUUGAAGAUGGAUUGCGCUGUAACAAACUGUUGACCAGAGGUGUUCGAGGCAGGGCAGAGUUCCUUGUUCGGCGUAUCUUUAUAAUGAUGUAAAAAAUUUGUCGUUAUAUUUGGUUAUCACCCUAUACCAUCAAAGCAGGGCUACAGAUAGUGGCAGGUUUUGUAUGGUCCAGAACAAGGAUUUCUCGGAUCGUAAGAUAAUUAUGUUCUGUAACGAUGUUUGCAUAAAAUAUAUGUCAUAGUUCUUGUCCGUAGAUUUCCACAACUGGGGUUUGAUUCGUAACUUCGGCUAUCGGGGAUACGCAAAAGUUUUCCGUUGUUAAUGCGACGGCUAACCCUGACGAUGGCAGUCGCGAUAUUUGCCAAAAUGUUGGAAAAUCUUCGACAUUUGACAUGCCUGAUCCCCCCCCCAAAAACAGAAAUUGUGCAUUACGCUGGGUAGAAAUUGUGUCCACUGUCAUAAUUAUUGUGGUUUAUUAGAAAUGAGAAUAGCUUGGUUGUGGGCAUCGCAUAAAUUAUUCCUGUAGUUCAGUGGAAAAGUAUUGGGCUUUUCUAUGGAAAAGUGUAAUAAAUAAAUAUGUACAUAUGUAUUUCACUUUGUCUUCCUGUGUUUAAACAUUACUUAUCUUGCAGUUAUACUAAUUCUACUUAUAUAAAUACACUCUCUUCUUUUGUUUAUGUAAAUUUGGUCUAAAUGUCUGUGUGUUGGAAAAAUAAUUCCAUUAAUUUCAAUUCCUGAUAUUAAUAUAGCGGCAGACGUUACUCUACGUUUAGUAAUGUUUGCUGCUUGAUGUCGUGUCUGAUUAAUGUCUGUACAAAAAUGUUGAACAAAAUCAUUGCAUUUUAAUAAACUGAAAGUUCAGAGCAAAAUA